AUGCUUAGCACCGUGAGCUUUAAUUUCCUGAUUCUGAUGCUGUCUUCUUGGUGUGACGAUGAGGUUAGCACUCCAGCUGUACGUAUCGUCCCUCUCCACCAUCGCUGGGACCUUUUGGAGGCAUGUGCAGAACUUCUGAACACUCAAUGGCAGCGCAGCAUGGGCGCUCGGCUCCAUUCACUUCGCCAGUCUAGUGACAGCUACCCAGCGUGUCUUGUCCUGCUGGAGGGUGAGGUGUUGAUCGGUCAUGCUCGGGUCUCACGAGUGCUAGGCAGCCGCAGUGCAUUCGUGGAAUCGGUGGUGGUGCGAGAUGAUCUGCGGGGCAAGGGCUAUGGCCGGGUGCUGAUGGAGGGAGUGGAGUGUUACGCCCAGGCCAGAGGAUUCACCCGACUCUACCUGACCACUCACGAUAAGCAGUACUUCUAUGCCCACCUGGGCUACGUGCUCUCACAACCUGUGCAGAACGUGGGAACGCUGGCUUCCUUCAUGCCAAUGGAACUACUACAUAAGAUCUGCAGGACAGCUGAGAAUGAUGGGAAAGGACAGAGAAUAAGGAAGCAUAAUAUUGCAGCACUCAGCAAUAACCUACCUCCAUCGCCUUCUCCACCACCAGCACCACCUCCUCCACCAAACAAAGUCCCUCUCCUAUCUCCAUCUCAUAGUUCCUCUCUUUCUGUGACUUCUUCAGCUACCCACCUUCCUCCUCCUCAAUCUUGCUCAUUUACUUCAUCUGUUCCUCCACCUGCCCCAGCUCUUCCUUCUUCUUCAUGGGCUCCUGUUAAACAGACUCUGGAACAGACACCAUACACAGAUCCUCGGGGACUGCCUGUCUUCUGGAUGCACAAGAACAUUUGA